AUGGCUUUCCAAUGCCUCGCGUGUCCCCGAAAUUUCCACGACCGGCGCGCUCUCAAGACGCAUCAAUGGAACUGCAAAGGCUAUCAAGAGAUUCAAGAUGUUACCUUUCAGCAAAAGCGCGCUCGAAAGGAGGAGACAGUGGAGGAGGCGGAGACACUGUCAAGGAAGAGAGCUCAGGUGUUGGUAGAACCUAAAGAGUUGACAGCAGAGUCUUCACGUUUUUUUGCAUAUCAGCACAACAUUUUGGACUCGGUCCCCAUCCCAGAAUCUUCAUCUUCGGAACUCCCACCCUCGCCUGAGCCUCCUAUCACGCGCUCUGCACGAUCUGGACGUGGAAUACGGUUUCCCAAGCGCUUUGACAACUUCCUGCCCAGCUCCGCCACUCCCCUCUCUCAUAUCCCCUCGAAACAGCAUCCCCUUCCUACCCAACCCAACCCGGUGAUGAGCAUGCACCCGCGCUAG